AUGACCAUCAGCCCAAAACGUCACAUCAUCAUCAUCGGCAUGGGUCCAGCCGGCCUAGCCGCCGCGGCUCGUCUCAAGGGCACUGGCAUUCAAUUCACCAUCGUCGACGGCGGCAAGUCCGUGCAGGACCGCGAUCGCCACCUCCCCGAGGAUGCUACCCGCGGCCACGGCGGCGCAGGACUCUUCUCCGACGGCAAGUUCUCUUUCUUCCCAUCCGCCUCAGAGCUCUGGUCCCUGCCGCGCGGGGCCGACCUGCGUGAGGCCUAUAACUGGACAUGCAACGUCCUGAACCGCGCCGGUCUCGACACGCCCCCCUUCCCUAGUAACCCGGACGCCUACUCCGUAGCUGGCAUGGUGGAGAGCGAACAGUGGAAGCUUAAAGACUACCCCUCGGACUACCUACCCCUCGACGCCCGCCUGCGGCUCGUCGCCGACAUGGUCGCCGACAUCGACGGCGCCGUCAUGAACGAGUGCCAUGUCCGAAGCGCCACGUACCACCCAGACUCAGACUCCUUCAACGUCGCCGUGGAGCAUCGCGCUACGGGCCAGAUCACCGGACUCACUGCAAACAGACUCCUCGUAGCAACAGGACGUUUUGGGCCGCUCCAGGUCAGCCUGCGCGACAUGACUGCACACCACCAGUUCCGCCGUCUAGAGGUUGGCUUCCGCAUCCAACAGCGCAGCGAGCGCGCCUUCUUCCGUUCCAUGCCGCAGCACGACCCCAAGCUCCGCGUGCGCGAAACAGACGGCGGCGUGGAGUGGCGCACGUUUUGCGUCUGCCGCCAGGGCGAGACGUGCCUGACGGAGACAAAUGGACUAUGGACCGUCUCGGGACGGUCCGACUGCCCCGCUCCGACGGGGCGCUCCAAUUCGGGCUUCAAUACGCGGAUCCUGGACGAGAAGCUGGCGCGCAGGUCGCUGGACCGCGUGCUCCAGGCGAUGGCUCGGCCUGAGGGGCACUUCGAGCUUCCCGCGCAGGGCCUGCUGCGGGGCGAUGCUGAGGUUGUCGCGGCGAUGGAGGGGGUCUACGGCCCGGAGCUGGUCGGGAAGAUGGCCGACGGCUUGCGGCGGCUUGCGCGGACAUACGACGACUUGGGAGAUGACGAGGAGGCGACGCUGAUCGGCCCAACUCUCGAGGGAGUCGGAUGGUAUCCGAAGGUCGACGGCAAUCUGAGGCUUCUCGACGCGCCGGUUUGGGUGGUGGGCGAUGCCUGCGGGCUAUUUCGUGGCAUCGUCGCCGCCAUGAUCAGUGGGCACUAUUGUUACGGCCAGCUAACUGACAGUGGGUUUGUGUUAACAGUAAGCCAGGGAUUGAGAGUAGUAACAGUCGUUCCGUGGUCCUGGUCGAAUAGAUCGUAG